CACACACUCGUUUUGUCUUUGAGCGCCUCGUCUCUGCUCGGAUCUCUGACGGAGAAACUUUCACUGGAGUAUAAACAUCGCAUCUGAAGAGGGUUAAAGUCAUUAAUGAUGGAGAUUAUUGCUAAUGAGCGACGCGUGAGCUGCUGGAUGAUUAAUGAACGCGCUGGAUUACGCGCGUCAGGACGCGUCACGAUGCAUCAACGCGUUCACCAUUAGAACAGCUGGAGCUCAACGGGUGCAGCACUGCAGUCAGUCUUCAGUAUGAGAGCGGCUCUGAACAUCAGUGUUGCUGUGGUUCUGUUGCCGAUCUUCAUGUGUCAUCAGACAACAAGGCAGAGCGGUUCUGAAGGAGCGGCGUCGAGGUCGUGGAGCUCCUGGGGCGAGUGGGGCGAGUGUUCGCGCUCCUGUGGCCGAGGAGUUCAGGAACAGACCAGAGUCUGUCUGACGCAGUCUCCAGCAGCACAGAACACACCGAACCAGAGACGCCUGGGCCUCGGCACGUCUGGAUGGAGGCGAGCGAACAGUAGCCGCAUCAGUCCAGGGGUGUACGGAUACGGCAGGAUGCCAUAUUCAACGCCUCUACAGAAAGAAUCCAGCCGAACGUCACACAAACAGAGACGAUCAGCAUCAAACGUCCCACAGCGGAGUUACAGGACUCAUCAGAGAAGCCCGUAUCAAAACAGCCGUGCCCAACACACCCGAGCGCUGAUGAACACAGCUGCAGUGCAGAGCCUAACACCAAACACCUGCCCUGGAGCCCCGAACCGGCACAAGAUCUGCAACAGCACGGCCUGUCCGUCACCCAGCGGACCAAUCAGAGAGCUGCAAUGCUCCGCCUUCAACACACAGCUCUUCAUGGGCCGAUUCUACCAGUGGGAACCUUUUAAUGACGUUUCCAGCGAGCAGAGCUGUGAGCUCAAUUGCCGCGCCGUCGGCUUCCGUUUCUACGUGCGUCAGGCGGACAGAGUCAUGGAUGGCACACCGUGUGGACAGAACCAGACAUCUGUGUGUGUGGCAGGACAGUGUCAGAGUGCCGGCUGUGAUGAUCUCUUGGGCUCUGGCAGGGUUCCUGAUAAGUGUGGUGUGUGCGGCGGAGACAACAGUGCGUGUAAGCUCGUCUCUGGCGUGUUCCAGCACACUCUGUCUAAAGUGGGCUAUCACAAGAUCGUGGAGAUCCCGCCGGGAGCCACCAAGAUCAACGUCACAGAGAUGGUGAAGAGCAGGAACUACCUGGCUCUGCUCAGUCGGUCUGGACGAUCCAUUAUUAAUGGAAACUGGGCCAUCGACCGUCCAGGAAUGUAUGAGGGAGUGGGAACGAUGUUCACGUACCGUCGGCCGAAUGAGAUCAGCAGCACUGCAGGAGAGUCCUUCCUGGCCGAGGGACCCACCAAUGAGAUCCUGGACGUGUUUAUGAUCUACCAGCAGCCCAAUCCAGGCGUCCGUUAUGAGUUCAUCAUGCCCUCAGAGAACGCUGUAGAUGCUCCUCAUCCUAAACAGAACCAGCUGGACGUGAAUGCUGUGAAUGGUCCGUCGACCCCAGAGGAUCACGAGAGGUCAGGGGUCAGACAUCCUCCUCCCAUCCCGGAUAAUCAGCUUCCUGCAGCUCCGCCUACAACCAGAGCCAGAGAAUAUAACUGGAAACUGAGCGGCACCACAGACUGCAGCGCCUCCUGUGGACGAGGAAGCAGGUUCUCUGUGUUCGUCUGUGUUCAUCGAGGAACUCAUGCUCUGGUGCUGAGCGAUCUGUGCGACAGCAGCACCAAACCCAGCCCUCAGGAGGAGCCCUGUAACGUCCAGCCCUGCCCUGCCUUCUGGGACAUCGGCGAGUGGUCCGAGUGCAGUAAGACGUGUGGUUUGGGCGUGCAGCAUCGUCAGGUUCUGUGUCGUCAGCCGUACACUAACCUCACACUGAACGUUCACAGCAGCCGCUGCAGACACCUGGAGCGCCCCGAGACCAGCAGCUCCUGCCAGCUGAAGAUCUGCAGCGAGUGGCACAUCCGCUCCGACUGGAGCCCCUGCUCGGUGCCCUGCGGUGUAGGUCAAAGGUCACGUGAGGUGCACUGUGUCAGUAAUGUUGGUGAUAUCGUAGCAGAUGACGAGUGCAACAUGAAGCUGCGUCCCAGCGAUGUGGAGAACUGUGACGCAGGUGUGUGCACCAAGAGCUGGUUCUUCAGUGACUGGAGCGCUCAGUGUUCGGCUGACUGUGGCGCAGGGAUACGGACGCGCAGCGUUCAGUGUCUCACCAAUCACAUCAGCAGUCUGCCUCUGGAGGGCUGCGGGGCCCAACGGCCCCCCGAGGGCCAGCCCUGCAACAACGGCCCCUGUGAGAGCCGCACAGAGUGGUUCACCGGACCCUGGAGUCAGUGCUCGGCGGAGUGCGGCUCUGGUGGUCAGCAGAGGGCAGUGGUGUGUCUGAUGAGGUCAGACGAGGGUUUCGUGGGGAUGCCGGCGUACGAGUGCUCGUCUCUGGACAAACCCCUGAGCCAGCAGAGCUGCUUCAUCAAGACCUGCGGAGCCAAGUGGUUCCACACCGACUGGAGCGCGUGCUCAAAGACGUGUGAGACGGGUUACCGUGUGCGAGAGGUGCGCUGUCUGACCGAUGACAUGAUGACCAGCGAGCUCUGCAACGAAACACUGAAGCCUCAUGACAAGGAGGAGUGUCACCCUGAGCCCUGCCUGCCUCGGAUUGAUGAGAAAUGUCGUGAUAAAUACUUCAACUGUAACGUGGUGGUGCAGGCGCGUCUCUGCGUGUACGACUACUAUCAGAUGGCGUGUUGUGCGUCCUGCACGCGUGUGGCACGGAGGAGCUCUGGACACUGAGGACAGCAGAGAUCCUCUGAUUGAACACAGAU